UUGUGGAUGCUGCUGCUGCGGCUGCUGCUGGCCAAACUCUUUUUGGCCAAAAUAUUUUGAUUACCUUUUGGAUGCCCGAGUUCAGUUCAAGUUCGCGCCUCGAACGGUUCAGUUUGUCACGGCUCCGCUCCGUUGCCGGCUCCUUUCCGCCACGAAUUGUUAAAAGGAUAUCAACCAUACAACUGGCAGGAUAGCAGCUAGUGUGUUUGUGAAGUUAUUUUGUGCUCGAAAAACAAAUUCCACAUACCUAUUUCAAAAGUUCACAAAAGUGGUGACCUAACCGAAAAACUAAUUAAAUUUCGGUCCAGUUAAAUCGUUUCUUCGGAGAUUAAUAAGCAUGUGGCCACCCAGCUUCUGUCUGUGGUUGGCUUUCGCCCUCAGUGUGGGCGUGGUCAGUGGCCAAAGCAGCAACCACGGAAACUUCGAGGAUGCCGACAAAUCCAACGAGUAUACGGAUCAGCAGUUCGACCUACGGCACACGAUUCCUGGAGAGCCCGGCUUGGACUAUCCCAUUUUGAGUGCUCCUCCCAAGACCAGCUUUGUCUGCCGCGGUCGUCAUGAAGGAUACUACGCCGAUGUGGAGAGUCGUUGCCAGGCGUUCCGCAUCUGUGCCCAUACCGCCCGAUCGCCUCAGGGCUUCGGCUUCCUGUGCCCCAAUGGAACACUUUUCAGUCAGAAGCACUUUGUCUGCGACUGGUAUCGCAACGUCAACUGCGACGAGUCUGAGAGAUUCUAUGACAUGAACGAGGAGAAAACCGUCGGCAGCACCCACGAGAUGAUGGAGCGAGUGCGUCACAUGAUGGAGUAUCCCAUGAAGACGAUCACAAAGGCCUUGCAGCAGGUCCAAACUCAAUCCCAGAAUCCCCAUCGCAGUCACAGGAAAGAUCUAAGUGGAGAUGGCGGUACUCUCAGUGAGCCAGCGGCUGCUAAACCGGUUGUGUCCCAAGAAUCUGCUCAAGAAGUUGGACGCGGAGAGGCCCUCAAGAGUGAGCCACUGAUUCCGGCAAAGUCUGCCGGUGACGAUGAGGGUAUCUAUGUAAACAGCUUGGGAGAACUGUCAUCCGAUCCUGGCAUUCAGUUUGAUCACACCAAUGCCCAUAUCAUAGCGGAAUAUCCCCGGGAAUAUCACUACCAAAAACAGAAGAACUUUGCUGAACGCGUAAAUGCCGGCCUGGAAGAAUUUCCGGAUGCCAUAUCCGCGUCUGGAGAGAACUUGGCUCCGGAUUACAUGAAGCACAUUCGGAACACGAAGGAUGAAGCGGUUCAAAUUGAUCUGGUCUCGAAUAUAAACAAUUUGCUGGACGAAGUAUCCACGGAUGUGGAUCCCUCUGUUUCCGGUUAUCAAUCGAUGGCUCCACCGAAAGUCAAGCAGCCCUUCCGGUUCCUGAGUCGCGGCUUUGCGAUGCAGUCGGAGAAGGGAUCGCCCAAUGGCUACGGCUAUAAGAAGCCCAAACUGACGGCCAGUACGGUGAGAUUUACGCCCAACGAGAUACCCACCGAAGAUCACAAAUCCAUUGACCACCAAAAACACAUUUUGACAAAAACCACAAGCCCUACCACUGAAAUCAUUGAGCCAUUGCUGAUUGCUCCAACUCUGCCACCAGUUGAGGGAGAUGAAGUAACCAUCGCGGAGACCACAGAAGCUCCAUUUACAUCCACAACCGUGCCCGAACCACUUACACUGCUGGCACCACCGGAAUUGGUGGUUUCUGGGGAAGUGCCUGCAAUUGAAUCCAUUGGCCAGACCGCUGCUUUAACGGCUAGCUUGCCCAUUAGCGAGGAUAUUGUUACGGCGGAGCCAGUACCAGACCCAAGUCACGAAUCCGUUGAGAAAACUGAUGUCCAUAACGAGGCGGCUAAGCUGUUGCUGGCAGGUGUCCAACUCACCUCACACGAUGCGGAGCAGGCCUUCCUGACCAAUCAAUUGGUGGAGAGCAGUAUUCCCAGUAGUGUUCCGAGCACUACCACUUCUACCACUACGACCACCACCCCCAGCACUGCCGCGUCACCCACCAUGCUAACCUCCACGGAGACGGUAACAGAGGUCAGCAGCUUCCAGGAACGCAUCAAGGGAUAUCGUCGCAAUCGUCCUGCAGCCAUGCUGAAGAGGGCCAACAUUCGUCCUCUUCCGGUGGUGCGUGCUCCUAGUACAACGACCACCACCCAGCGAAGCACCGCCCCCACUAAGAGUUACCUGGAACGUUUGGCUGCCAGUAGAUUGCGCUUAAACCGCUUGUCCCAGGCCACAAAGAGCACCACGAAGACAACCACGACAUCACCCUUCGCCAUCACCACCCCCGGGACUACAACCACUGUAUCCUCCCUUUCCCAAGUGCGCGGUGGGGCAGAACCAGGCCCCAACAAAAAACUAAGCGUUAGAGACAUCGACCGGGAGACAAAGGUGGUGCCUGCUCCUGCAGGAAAGCCCAGCUGGGAGAGUGUUCACAACAAUCUGCAACGUUUCCAAGUGCAGCGCGGAAAUCGCGUCUAUACGCCAGCUACUCGAAGCACCGCCAGCUUAGUUAGCACCACUCCCAGCCCAACCACGCCCAGAAGCUACAAUGUGGCACCUUCGGCCAGACCCACGGCCUCCGUGAAUCGCGGCAAGAAUCGCUAUUCCAACUUCAAAACUCAAGCGCCAGUCCAGCGAACACGCGGCACCACCACGCCGAGAAGCAUCAUCACUAGCACCUUCAGUCCCAGCACUUCCUCCUCGCUGGCCUCCUUGAACCAACACAUCUCCGCCCUGGCCUCGAACUACAAUAAUGCUUUCACCUACAACCAGACACCACAGAUCAGCAAACCCAUCCAACAGUCACACGUUUUUGGCACACACAUCACUGGGGGAUUAGUUGCACCCGUCCAGCCCCAGACCCACACUCAAUCUCAGACCACAUCCAACAUUUCGCCCUCCUCCGCUUUCCUUUCCUUCGAUAAGUUAACCCGCGCCAUUGUUGACGAAUCCGUUUUGCAGAAUUUCAAGAGCGCCCAGUCGCAACAGCAGCCACACCGCCAGCAGCAACAUGCCACACGUCAGGUGGUUAAGCAGCAGCAACCGGCAGUCAGCAGCAACACUUACGUCAAGCCGGCAACAGCGCCAGCUAUAUCAAGUCUGACUGUGCCCCCACGCCCUCAACAACACCAACAGCAGCAACUGUCGCUGCCUACGCCUCCUGGAAUUGUGAUUGCUCGCGCUGAGGGUCAGCGAAUUGCUCCGAACUCAGUGGGCAAUAUUGUCUCCAACUUGGCCACCCAGGCACCUAUUAGGAGCGCACAGCAAGGCAACUCCUAUGUUUCCCUCAACGAUUUCCUAAACAACAAGUUUGGACAACAAAGUUCCUCGGCUUCCAGCAAUAUUGCUCCUGCUGCCACCUUGCAACAGCAGCAACGUGUGCCACAACAGCAGCAGCAACAGCGUGUACCGCAACAGCAGCAAUAUCAGCAAGCCAUACAGCACCAGCAGCGUGUCGUUCAGAAGCAGUCCGUUCAGCAGCAACCUCAACUGAGUUAUAUAUCGCAGCAGUAUCAGCAACCACAGCAGCAGCAGCAGACCAUCUAUCAGCAAUAUCAGCAGCCACAAAAGGUGCAACAGCAGCAGUACCAGCAACAGCAACGCCCCACCAUUCACUCCAUCCAGCAGCCCUAUUUGACGCCCAAUAUCUUCGUGCCCUACCAGCAACAGCAGCAGCAAUUGCCCCAGUUCCCGCCUCUGGCUCCUCCCGUAUCGGUAUCCACCGGCAACAUUGCCCAGGGACCGGUGAUAGUUGGCCGCCAUGUGGACCACCUCAAUGUGCAGCUGCCCACUCUGGGUAAUGGUCUGAUUCCUGGACUGCAGCUGGCUCAGAAGCGUAGCGAUGUGUCCGCCAGUCAACUGCAACUGGUGGAUACCAACAAAGCCGGAUCGAGCAAAAGCAGGGAGCGCGCCUUCUACGCCGGAAGGACAUCGUACGAUGUGCCCCAGAGUAGCGUGGGUCGGCUGCCCAAUGAUGUGACGCAACAGCUGCGCCGGAGACUGCGUCGCUAUUGAACGAGAUAAUGAUAAUUAAGUACUUUGUAGCUAAAUUAAUGAACUAUUUAUGUCUAAGCUAAGUCAAUGUACCAUAGCAAUCACUUGUUUUGACCGAAACAGAAGCCCAUGUUCUAUUCUAAUGUACAUAUGCGCGUGUGUGUAUACUCUUUUCAUAUUUAUUGCAAAAUAAAACGAACGAAAAAUA